UUCAUUUUAAGAUUGAUAUAUUUUAUACAAGUAUCUAAAAAUGUCGGAUAAACAACUAGGAUAUUGAGGAAAUUUUAUUUAAACUUAAAGUUGCUUUUAUAUAAACAAAGAGCUGCUCUUUUACUGACAAGAAGUGAGAAACGAAAGUAACAUAAAUAUUACGUCUUUGGUUUGGAAAAACUUUAUCUAUGACCAUGACCGUGCUGAAAUACUUUUGCUGGAUUUACCUUGUAGUAUUGUUGCCGGCAGUGCUGGUUGCAGGAGUUGUAACUUCAAGUGAAAAUGAUGAUGAAUAUUUAACACAAAAAGAGAUUAUAUUAGAAAAGUCGUAUCAUGGUCUGAUUCGAGAAAACGAAACACUCGUGGAAAUAACUCCAUUAAUUAAAGUCGACGAAGAAAAAAUAUGCAAUUUUCAUAUUCUCAAAAAACCGUAUCAUGAGAUUCCAUUUGAGAUUGAUUUGGCUAAUAACCUCGGAAUUUUAAAAGCAAGUCGAUCAUUAAAUUGUGAAAAACGUAAAAGUUAUCAUUUUGAAAUAGUUGCGGUGUACUGCGAUGGAACACCUUCAAAUACAGCGAAUGUCCACAUUACUGUUAUUGACAUAAAUGAAUAUGCACCAACAUUCUUAGAACCAUCAUACGUAACUGAAGUAGACGAAGGGCGACUUUACAAUGAGAUCUUACGGGUUGAAGCUUCCGAUAAGGACUGUACUCCCCUUUUUGGCGAUGUUUGCAAAUAUGAGAUACUUAAUAAUGAUGAACCAUUCUCAAUAGAUAACGAGGGUUCAAUCAAAAAUACUGAGCCACUUUCCCAUAAGGUAUCACAUAACCACAUCCUAUCAGUUGUUGCCUAUGAUUGUGCAAUGAAAGAAUCAGCCGCCAUAAUGGUCAGCAUUAAAGUUCGGCGAGUCUGUGAAACAAAAUUUUUAGGCAUGCCAGAACGCAUUGAUUAUACGUCCGGUAGCACUGAAAGCCUGCAAUUGUUUCCCAAUGCCCACUUGGACUUAUGUGACAUUUCUUGCAGGAAUGAAGACCUAAGUAUUCAAGCAUCGAUAUCUCUUAAAACUAAACACAUAUCCUUCGGAUGCGAUCGGGACAUAUCAAACUGCUCUUCAAGUAAAAAAAUGAUAGAUCUUCUACCACAUGGUGCAGAAUGGACUAAAGAACUAAGCUAUGACGAAGGUGCAGAACCCAUAUUUCACUUUGAUGGGAACACUGGAGUAGUGGUUCCGGACUCUAUUAUUGACCAUUACGAUUUCUCAACACAUGCUUUUAGCAUUCUUACAAUGUUUCGGCAUAAUAGUCAAGGUGUAUCUAAUAAACAUGUUAAGGAGCAUAUUGUAUGCAGCGCUGAUGACCACAAAUUGAACCGACACCACAUGGCAUUAUUUGUUCGCAAUUGUCGGCUUAUUCUUUUAUUAAGAAAAAACUUUAACGAAGGCGAUCUAAAUAUAUUUAGUCCCGCUGAAUGGCGUUGGAAAAUACCCGAGGUUUGCGAUAAUGAAUGGCAUCACUAUGUACUUAAUGUUGAGGACUCUGCCAAAGUUGAUUUAUUCAUUGAUGGUGUGCGUUUUGAAAAUUCUAUUGAAGAUCGCCGUAGCAACCCAGAGGUAAUAGACGAUUGGCCAUUACACGCCGCUCAUGGAGUUAAUACUUCUUUAGCUAUCGGUGCCUGUUAUCAGAGUUUGGAAAAUAGAUUAAAACAUGGUUUUACUGGGGAUAUUUCUGAAGUUAAAGUCACCCUGAAAGGUGUUUUGACGACCGAAGACAUUAAAUGUGGAACCACGUGUGCUGAGCACUUAUUAUCGCCUAAGCAAUUGCACACAAAAAAAUCGGACUCCGUAAACGCCCACGUUGAAGUAAACAUUCAAAUGAAUGAAAUCUACAUUGAAGCCAAAACAAAACACGAUAUCGAACAACUGAUACGUAAAAUACAGUAUAUAAAUAUUAAACAAACCCCAACCGUAGGGCGCCGCAACAUAGAAAUGCGUACAGCCCUAACCUGUGGUAAUGAAAGUUCGCUUCGCUUACCGCCAAUUGAAACAUAUAUAAUGGUUAACGAACCAAUAGUUCCACUCGGUAUUGAUAUUGAUGUCAGAUCGGCGUCGGUAAAUGAAAAUAUGACUACAUCUUUGUCAGAAACUAUUAAAAAAUUAAAAUCAAUUUCACAGCCGGAGGCCUACCAACAAGAUCUGCAAUCGGUUUUCGCAAAAAUAUCAAUAUCUGGAACUUCCAAUAAGUUGGUAUCAUAUCAAGAAAUUAAAUUGGGCGUACACAUUUUGGACCAAAUAUACAUUGACUCGCUUUCGAAAAACAGAGGAAAAAUGGAAGGAAAAUAUCAUCUUGAUUCUUGUAGCGUUGUUGUAUUUCCUUCAUUAAAUCCGGAUCAUGAGGAAAUUCAAAUAGAUGGUGACGAGUCUUUGUCGUCUAGCAUGGAUAUUAAGACAAAUAUAAAUAAGGAUGGAGUUGAAAUGAUAGGAAAAGACACGGUUCACAAUUAUUUAAAUGUGUUACGAUCCCUUGUUUACAGUAAUAAGAAACCUGCUUAUUAUCUAAAUCGCGUAUUUAAGCUUUCUUGUGCUCAGCUAAGCUCUCAAUACAAAAGUGCAGAAUAUACACUGACACUCACUGUGCUGCAUCCUAAACAGACAUUGUUUAAGUCUACAAAUCUACCCCCUUCGUCAUUAUUAUCAAAUGUAAAUGAUAUUGGCAACACAAACACUGAAUCAACGUAUCAUCUUAAUAGAGGAUCGAUAAGUGACAAUGAAAAUCAGGCCAGUGAUUCAAAGGUUUACUCAUAUUCUAUGCUGCACACAAAUGAUGUGCAAGAACCGAAAUCUCAUAUUCGUUCUUUUGUACAUAAAGCUGACGGCUCACACCUUACAAUGCUCAUCAUUUUUGUAAGUGUUUUUUUGGCCGUUUUGCUCUGUGGUGUUUCUAUUGCACGUUUAAAGAACAACCAUAAAUAUACUGACCGCCACCAGCCAUGUCCUAAAAUCAUUGACGAUGGUUUGGUUUGGGAUGACUCGGCUUUGACUAUAACUAUAAAUCCGAUGCAAGCAGAUGUUGCAUCUGAGGAUAGUUCAGAAUCAGAAAAUUCUGACUCUGAGGAUGAAGAAGCUUUAAAGAACGGGUUUGCUCAUAUCAAUCAACUUGAAUGGGAUAACACCAAUAUUUUUCAACAGUGAAUUAUGUAUUAUCUUAAAUUUUUCCUCAAAACUGGAUCUUAAAUAUGUAAAUGUGCUUUUAAAAUAUAUACUACUAUAUCAACAUUUAUUCAAUAGUUAAAUCAGUUUAAAUGAGUCCGCAUGCACAAAUAAUUGUAAAAACGCGCAUUUAAAUAUAAUUUUGCGAAGAGUAUUUGUUGCAAUUGUAUUACUGUAAAAACUAAGUCAGUGGCGGUGAGUGAUACACCUUAUACAUGCACAUGUAAUAUUAGCGCCAUCACGUUAUAGCUAAGGUAUAGUACAAUUAUUAUAUAACCAACGUCGCUAGAUCUAUAAUAAAAGCUUAUAGGCAUACAAAUAUAUAUAUAUAUCUAAGACCUACUACAUUUAUUGUUUGUUCACCCUGACUUAAGAAUGUAACAUGCACUUGUCUAACAAACUUCAACUGCAUUUCUUCGCUAAUGCAUAGAAGGAGGUUUCUCCGUCCCCAUAAUUUAAGCUAAAUAAUUAAUUAUUAAAUAUUCUAAAAGGAAUCCAAAUAGCCAAAGCAUUUGAGUUUUUUAAUAAUGUUGGAGCUGUUAUUAAUUUAUUAUUUUACAAAAAACUUAGAUUAAGAAACAUAUCGAAAUGUAAAAGCAUUUUAUUUUUAAAAAGACCAUAAAAGCGUAAAUUUGUAAACUUAAACAUGUACUAUUAAAAUGUAAUAUUUUUAUUUGUUAA